AAUCAGGCCCGCGAAGGUGACUGUCGGACGCGAAUACAAAGGAACGAUUGAUCUUCUUUCGAUUGGUUUGCUUAUAGUCUGAGGCACUAGCCGAAGUGAGGUAAUGGUGCAACCAUGAAGCAACGAGGUUGUAGGCGUCAUUUUUGAUGUCAAAAGCACAAUAAAACCCCGUGGCCAGCGUUAUUAUCAACGUUCCAUUAACUUUCUCCCUUCUAUUUUACUUGCUGCUUCAUUGCUUCGGACGACUGCCAAGCUUCCCUCAUUUACACCGUGACUGUGUGAUGCGUUCUUUCUAUAGACUCUUUCUAGCAGCUUUCCCAUUGAUCACCCUGGCUGGUGCUCGUUCGUACUCACGUCACCGCCCCAUCACUGUUGGUAGACGGUCAACUGACGGAACGUACACGAUCCAAGACUAUUAUCAGGGCGAAGAUUUCUUCAAUGACUGGGACUUCUAUACUGGCUCAGACCCCACCGGUGGAAAUGUCGUCUACCAAAACAAGUCGGCCGCACAGUCUGAGAGACUUGCAUAUGUCAACUCCGACGGCACGACAGUCCUUGCAGUUGAUUCAACCAGCACUGUUGCCGCUGGCGGCGAUCGUGAUGCUGUUCGUAUCACAUCACAAAACAGUUAUAACAGCGGUCUCUUUAUAAUGGAUGCCUCCAAAAUGCCUGUCGGCUGUUCUACAUGGCCUAGCUUUUGGACCGUUGGACCAAACUGGCCAUAUGGGGGUGAAAUUGACAUUGUCGAGGGUAUCAAUGACCAGGCGAAAAAUCAGAUGACACUUCAUAGUGGCACCAACCACUCCUGCACCAUUGAUACAGAUGAUACUGAUGAGUUCACAGGCUCUGUCCUCUCGAGCAACUGUUACAGCACUGAGACCUCAGACUCAGGCUGCAGCAUCAUGGAUAGUAGCUCAACGUCUUUUGCGUAUGGCUUUAACAAUGCGGGGGGCGGGGUCUUUGCGCUUCUGUGGGAUAAUUCCACUGGCAUGUCGAUGUGGCACUUCGCUCGGGCUAACAUCCCUGAUGACCUCACGGCCCGAGUACCUACGCCUUCCAAUUGGGGUACUCCGUCUGGUUUCUGGUCUGCACAAACCUGCGACAUAACAGACAACUUCUACGACCACCAGAUGGUCAUCGACACUACCAUCUGUGGCAACUGGGCAGGUGGUGCCUAUUCGCAAUCCGGAUGCCCAGGAACGUGCACGGAUAUGGUUGCUAAUGCUAGCAACUACGUUGAUGCUAAGUGGGUCAUCAACUACGUCGCUGUUUAUCAAUGACCAUUCGCCUCAACCGUUUAUUUGUGCCCGACUGUCUGUUCGAGCAGGGCCCGGACUAUGUGGACAUUGCCAUUCGGACAAUUAUAA